AUGGAUAAGUGGGAGAAAGAAACGAACCCACGAAGGAGAAGAACUCCAUAUUUCUCUUCCUUUCUUCUAGACAUUAUCUACCGUUCGAUUGACGAAUCAAAGGGUGGUGGUGAUCACAAACAAGAGGAAGAGGAAGAGGAAGAUAGGAGUGAGUCAACCCAAAACCACAGAUCCAAAACGAAGCCGUUUCGAGCCACUAUUGGAGUAGUGGUAUCUUCUGAUCAUUCCAAGAAAAAGGUCAUAUCCACCCAGUUUGACCAAAGGAGUUCAGAUAAAAGUCAGCAGAAGAAGACCGCGAAGCUGGAGAAUGGUGGGUUUUCGAAGACGAAGCUUAAGGCUUUGAAAAUCUAUGGCGAACUGAAAAAAGUGAAGCAACCCAUUUCUGCAGGGGGUCGUAUAGCGACCUUUAUUAACUCUAUUUUCAAUUCAGGCAACGUUAAAAAGGCCAAAAUUAAGUAA